UGCCUUUGUUUCUUGUGACUGUCCUUUUUGUCUUUUGAAUCAGGUGCUGUUGUUUUUUUGUAGUCUUGUAUGCAUGGGUUUUCAGCUGUUUUUGGAUGGGAAUGGAUUUCAUUUGAUCUCUUUUCUUUUGUUGCGUAUGUUUGAUAAUGGGAUUGUUGGGCUGGAAUCUGGUGUUUUGUUGCUGGAGUUCUUUAUGAAGAUUAGGAGGAGAGAAGCUGUUAAUCUUUCAUGGAUUUGGAGCUUCAACAUCAUCAUUGGAUGCUAAAAGCAUGAUACGUUGUCGAAAAAGAAGGAUUUGGGCCAAACCUUAAUGGCUUCCAUGAGAGGCAAGCGUUUUCAAUUCUUGGGUUUCUAUAAGAAUACUAUUGCUUGCAGAUGCCUCUCUUUGGUAUUUGUGGUUCUCCUAUUCAGUGCUGCUUUUCUCUCUUCCACUCCCGGAUUCAGCUCCUUACAAGCAAACCACUUUGAUGGGAUCUACAACUCUUCCGUCUCCAAUUCAGCAUUUGUAGUUAGGAAAGAUAAGUUCUUGGAAGUUCCUCAGAUUGUUUGGGGCUUAAACAAUCAGAAAAUUGCAUUUGUGAGGGCUUGUUUGACCGCACGAAUGCUGAAUCGAACUUUGUUAAUGCCUAGCUUAAGUGCUUCCUUGUUUUACAAAGAGAUCGAGCUCUUGGAACCGAUCGCGUUUGAUAAGAUCUUCCAAUUUGAACAGUUCAACUCAAUCUGCAAUGGGUUUGUUCGUUUAGGCCAGUUCUCGGAUCUUUCCAAUCCAACGGGCCCUUUCGAGCUCCUGAAGGGGAGUGGGAGGAAAUGGACAGUGGAGAGAGACUUGGAUCAAUUGAAACAAUGCAGAGAAGACCCAGCAAUCGAUGAUUUUGAGGUGAUUCGGAUUGUUGGGAAGAAUCCAUUCCUUUGGCAUGAUCAUUGGCCCGUUAAAGACUAUGCGAAGAUCUUCAAAUGCUUGGUUUUAGUUGAUGAAAUAGCCAAUGAAGCUACAAAAGUAGUGUCUAAGAUUAGAGAGGUAGGAGGUAAUCUGCGAACCGAUGCCGUUCAAAUAAAUAACGCCCCGCUUACACCUUACAUUGCUGUUCACAUGAGGAUAGAGAAGGAUUGGAUGAUACAUUGUAAGAAGCUCGAGCAACGUUCCAAAAUCAAUCAAAUUUGCAGUAGUAAGGAGGAAAUCAUGGAGAGGGUGGCCCACAUUGUCAACCUAAGUAAGCCAAUCGUCAUUUAUCUUGCGAUUGCCGACAGUCUUUUGGAAGACGCAUCUGUCUUGAAUGGAUGGAAGGAAGGAUUGCUCCCAUUCGAGAAGAAGAAGUUGGGAGUCUGGGAUAUUUACAAGAAACACCCAUACCUGAUACAAUCUGCAAUUGACUACGAAGUCUGCUUGCGGGCCGAUGUCUUUGUGGGCAACAGUUUUUCGACAUUUUCGAGCCUCAUAGUGCUCGAGAGAACACAGAAAUUGAUCGAAAUGGGCAUUACGAGAUCGUGUGGCCUAGAUGUAAGGUGGCCUUCUUAUGCAUACAAUAUUUUGGGAGAUUUGGGUGGGCCACAGAGAUGGAUGACUGCUAUGUCUGAUUCAAGCCUUCAUGCAAUCAGCUAUGGAUCUAACAACAUCUCUUGCUAAAUGGGGUUUUACGAAAUCUGCUAUUCUUUCGAUAUUCGGAGAUUAAUAGACUGAUCGGCAUGAAUUUUAAGGUGUAAAGCAUAUGGUAAAUGGACACUUAAAAGGAUUCAUUUCAUUCUUUUUGAAAUCUAUUGAAUGAGUCUGAUUCAACGGUU